AUGGGUCAGGUGGAUGCAGAGGAUCUCGCUCGGCGGACAGAGCCAGGGGGCGGGAUCCAACACGUGGGACCACCAGAGUCUUACUCCGGGGUCCCGGCGGUCGACAACGGAAGGCGGUCGGAGGACCGCUUUCCGGCGUCCAUAAAACGGACGAAAAGUGGAGGGGGCAAAGCGACACGGAAAAGGUAG